UCCACUUUCCCACAUUCCACAGGUGUGUCAGAGACGGGCUCUACUCCGUGUACUAUGACCCUCUGACUGUAUUAUCUUUAAUGUGCGCUCUCCGAGUCACUCAUUGUUCUUGAGGCGAGCUACACAACCCGACACGGUUCGUUUUAACAAACAACAUGAGUUAUAGAAAAGACUCCGACAGCGUGGAGCUCGGGGAAUGCACCAGAAACCCGGGUUACAAGGAUGCAGACGGAGACGGGCCAGCAGCGAGGGACAACAUCAGCGUCUCCGACAGCGAGGAGAAGCGGGACUCCAUCGGCGUGAAGCGGCUCUCGGACGCGCGAGAUGAGUACACGCAGAUCAAACCGUACGCCGGGAUGCCUAAGGAGGUGCUGGUGCUGUACUCCUCUAAGGCCCGGUACCGAGUGCCCCGAGAGAUCCUGUUCUGGCUAACGGUGUGCUGCACCCUGGCUCUGGUGGCGGUCACCAUCGCGGUGAUCGCGCUUUCUCCGAAGUGCCUGAGCUGGUGGCAGGCCUCCCCGGUGUACCAGAUUUACCCCCGGUCCUUCAAAGACUCCGACGGGGAUGGGGUGGGAGACCUCAAAGGCAUCAAGGAGAAGCUGGACCACUUUGAAUACCUUAACAUCAAGUCAAUUUGGAUCAGCCCUUUCUACCGUUCUCCCAUGAAAGACUUUGGGUAUGAUGUGGAGGACUUCCGUGAUAUUGAUCCACUCUUUGGAACCAUGAAGGACUUUGAGGAACUCCUGGCAACAAUGCACAGCAAAGGUUUGAGGCUAAUCAUGGAUUUCAUUCCCAAUCAUACCAGUGAUCGACACCGCUGGUUCAACUUGAGCCGGACUAGAGAUCCUCACUAUGAGGAUUAUUACGUGUGGACUGACUGCAAACCAGACGGACCGAAGCCUAAUAACUGGGUGAGUAUCUUUGGGAACUCAUCAUGGACAUACGAUGAAGUUAGAGGGCAGUGCUACCUCCACCAGUUUCUCAAGGAGCAACCAGACCUGAACUUCAGAAACCCAGAUGUCAUCAAUGAGAUGAUUGAUAUUAUUCAUUUCUGGCUGGAUAAGGGAGUGGAUGGCUUCAGAAUGGAUGCAGUGAAGCACAUGCUGGAGGCUCCACACAUGAGGGAUGAACCACAGGUUGAUCCAAACAAACCACCCGAGUUGGUAACUACAGAGUGGGAUCUCCACAGUGACUACACCACCAGUCAGGUGGGCUUGCAUGACAUACUGAGGGAGUUUAGAGCACAGAUGGACAUCUACAGUCAAGAGCCUGGCAGAUACAGAUUCAUGGUAAUAGAGUCAUACGAUUAUGAAGAGGUGUACAAGACCAUGAUGUACUAUGGCACCAAGCUGGAAAAGGAAGGUGACUUCCCCUUUAACUUUUACCUGCUGGAUCUACCCCAAAACACCAGUGGAGCAUGGGCUAAGCAUCUGGUCCACCUCUGGAUGGGCAACAUGCCCAAAGGAAAAUGGCCCAACUGGGUGGUUGGAAACCAUGACAGGACUCGGAUUUCUUCCAGUGCUGGUCAACUCUAUGUUCGUGCCAUCAACAUGCUGCUGCUGACCCUUCCAGGCACAGCCACCACCUACUACGGCGAGGAGAUCGGCAUGGAGAACAUUAACGUGACAGCAAGUCAGAUACAAGACCCAGCCGGCAAAUACAAUACAAGUGCCAGUCGAGACCCUCAGCGUUCUCCAUUGCAGUGGAAUGCUAACAUGAACGCAGGUUUUAAUGAUAAAACAAAUCUCACCUGGUUGCCACUACACCCCGAUUAUGAAACGGUCAACGUGGAGGCCCAGAUGAAAGAUGAUGGUUCUGUUCUGGCUCAGUACCGCUUCCUGAACACCCUGCGUCAAUCAGAGCUCCCCCUUAACCGUGGAUGGUUCUGCUACGUCCACACUGAUGCCAAUGUCUUCUCUUACAUCAGAGAGCUUGAUGGACUUAAGCGAGCUUUCCUCAUAGUGGUUAACUUUGGUAAAGAAUCAGUUGUCACAGAUCUCUCCUCUGUUCGUGAGCUGCCAGAUGAGUUGAAGGUGCUGAUGAGCACCAACAAAGUCAAUGAUGGCAAAGUGUUUCCGAAGUCUCGCAUCCAGACAGAAGUAGGAGAGGGUUUGGUGAUUCAGUACUCCACCAACACUCGGUUUAAUCCCAACCAUCCUGAAGAGUGCUACAUCUCUGAGAAGGCUUGCUAUUUGGAGACCAUAGGCAUACUUUAUAAAUGUCAGUAAAAAUGGAGAUGAGUAUCCAAUAACUGCUGUAUUAUGGAAACAAUCAAAGCAUUAAGAUUUUUCUCUGGUGUUUCCUCUACAAUGUAGUUUUUUCUUAUCUUUGAAAGUGUAAUUGCUGUUAUUAUUAUUAGAUUUGGGCACCAGUCUGUCUAGUUGCUGUGAUGGAAGAUGCUCUGUUUUUCAUGCCCGACUGCUUCUUCAUAGCCUCGCUAUCUUCUCCGCUUGCGUUGAGGCCGAGGAGGGUCCAGGCCUAGCUCCAUGUACAGAAAUGCAAGCUCGAGGGCUUCCUUUGUUAUGGAAUAAAAACCAAACAAACAGUAUGUAUCUGUCAUCACCCAUCCAAGUGCUGAAACUCAAACUUUUACAUUCAUAAGGCCAAUUAUAGAUUAUAUAUUAAGAAGGCUUUCUCAGAUUUGGCUGCUUAUCACACACGUACAUGACAUCAUGGUGCAUUUGUAAUAAACAAAAUCACAUCUACAGGUAAAA